CUCCUCUCUUCCUACGCCCUGCUUCCCCCUUUACUCUCUCGUCCCUACACCCUUCAUUCCCCUCUCCGCUCUCUGCCUUAUACCCUUCUACCUCCUUUCCCCUCUCUGUCUUACACCCCUCUUGAUUUAUUCUCCACUCUGCCUUACUCCCUUCUUCCACCUUUCCCCUCUCUACUCCACACCCUUCUUCUCCCACCAUGCGUUCUCCCCCUUAUAUCCUGCUAAACCCCAUUUCCCUCUCUUCCCUACACCCUGCUUCCCCCUCUCUCUUCUCUGCCUUACGCCCUGCUUUCCCCUUUCCCCUAUCUUCCCUACACCCUUCUUCCCUCUUUCUACCCGCGCUGCUUCCCUUUUUCCCUAUCUCCCUUUCCCUCUUUCACCCUGCUUCUCCCGUACCCUGCGACGUGAAUCACAGGGGCGCUCCAUUCUGGGGCUCCCUGCUGCUCCACACGUCACACCCGACCCUUGGACCUCCCUCCCACCCUUCCAUGCAAAAUACACACUCGCCAUGGCGUCCUCUCGUCGUGCUGGCGGCACGGAGGGACACGGAACUUUGCUCAGAGGAGCGGAACAACGCACGGGACGGCCGCGACGGCGAAUGGUGAACGCGCUGACGGGCGGGUCGACGCAAGGCGCUCUCCGCGGCAGCAAGCUGCUGCGCAGCGAGGGGCGCGGAUUCGCCGCCAUGGCCCGCGUGGUGGUCGCCGCCGGCAGUGCUGCUGCGGCGCUCAUGCUGCUUGCACCGAGAGUGGCGCAG